UCGCAAAACACCCCCGAGCUCUCUUUCUGCCCCCGGCGAUGCGCUGCGAAGAUGGCGGCCACCACGGUUAGAAAAGCGCCUUACAAGGAUUUCCUCCAGCCCGCCCUGCACAGACGAUUCUCUUCGACGGCGACUGUUCUGCUUGUUGUGUCCUAUAUCCAGGCUCUGUUGCUAGACAGCUGGAGCUCUUAUCUCUGGGGCUGGUUCCCUCUUGGACCUGCCGGUGUACGAACCGCCUUUCUUUUCACUUGUGGCCUCGCGAUCCUUGUCCUCCGAAUCGCCAACUACCACGUUGGUCUGCGAACCACCGGUUCCGGCUUCCAGACUCUGCGCACCACCCUCCUUCGACUUGAGACAUACGAGACCCUCUUUUGGUAUGGCUUCUCGAGCUUGCUCUUCUGCAAUGUCUUCCUCUGGGCCGUCCCCGCCAGCGCGAACCUGUCGUGGAUCACAUAUUUCAGCGGAGACCGCGCAAGGCUCAACGAGAAGCCGCUAUUCUUGAUGGCCUACCUGGCAUCUUGCGCCAUCACGCAGACUUUUAAUCACUACAGAAAGGAUACCGAUGGGCUAGUGCUGGGUUUAUCGAAGAGCAAUGGCGAACGCCCAUCCGACUCGUUGAAGGUGGUCAUCCAGGAGAUACCACGCAUCUUCGCCGACUCGUUUGCGGGCGCAUUGAGCGCGCUCCCCGUGGCGUUCUUCCUCUACUAUUCCGUCCUCCGAUCGUUUGCUUGGGGUUGGGCGCUUAUGUUCUUGCGCAUCUUCUACAACUUGCCCAAGACGAACAUGCUGCCGCCCACUUGGCCCAGCGAUCUCUUCCUUCUGGGUCGCUGCCUCCAGACUGGAUCUCUCAUUCAUUUCAUCUGGCACACCGGAAACUUUGCUUUCUCGACAUUCAUGGUAAAGGAACCGCUAAAGAAUGGCAACCCUCUCACGUCCGAGUCCAAGGAUCCCAAUGGAAGUCUCCUGAAUGGACUCAAGAGCAAGAAGCUGUCUAUCAAGGCAUUUGCCAUGUGGGAGCUCGCCUACAUUGCUGGGGGAUUUGAGGCCCGUCGAAAGGCCAUCUACGAGGACAUUGACCGUCAGGAUGGACCUAUGUGGUCGCAGGUCUACGCAAUCUGCAUGGAGGUUGUCAAGUCUAUCGAGACACGUAUCGACGAGUACGGAAAGGCCCCCGCGGCGCCUCCCGCCAAGCCAGCUGCGGAGCCCAAGCAGCGCGUAUCCGCUCCCCUCAAGGACGACCCCAUCUUCAACAACAAGUCUGCCCCGAGCGCAGUACGGACUGAAGUCGAGAAACGAUUAAGCCAGAUCGCCCAGUCGCCAGGCUCUUCUCCCGCCUCGAAGCUGAGCCCGAUUGCAAAGAAGACGUGGAAGGAGGCAAAGGAUCGUGUCUUGACCAAGGAGCAGCAGGAGCUCAUUGCUCCAGAGCACAUCAAGGGUAACUUUGAGCAGCGGGUGCUCAAAUUGAUGGAGGUGGAUGCUAUCGCUGCCUUGUUCAAGAUUGACUUCCGGACUCAGUUUGCUGCUGCGGUUCUUGGCACACCCUAUGCGGAACCUACACUAUGCAUCAACGCUAUCCACGUGCUCUGCCAACUCUCAGUGCACAGCUUGGCGGAGGAUCAGUUCGGAAACGUUCACAGAGAUGUCCGAAGCAUCAUCCGAACGUUGACUUCGGUGAUCAAGAAGCUCGAAGACUUCCGACUCUCGUUCCCCAUCCACUGGACGGACAUCAAGAGCAAGAGGGAGAGUCCCGAGGUGGACAAGGUGUUGAAUGCUCUCAAGACGGGACUGGGAGAGGUGGUGGCCAAGUUUGAGCCUUACAGCAACGACCUGAGGUUGACACUGUCUGAUGUACGACUAGCCAAGGAGGCGGCGGCAAAGAAGGACGAGAUGGCCGAGAUUCGGUGA